AUGGAUCCCCAGCAGCCUGUUUUUAGCCUGAUGAAACGGUUCUGUCCUUGUUUCAGCCUGCUGCCACUGCCUAGUCAAGACUGGAGUAAGAGUGAUGAGAGGCUCAUGCAGGCUGUGGAGCAGAAUGAACCUGACAAAGUCUCUGCCCUCAUCGUCAAAAAAGGCCUCUGUCCCACCAAGCUGGAUGCUGAGGGCAAGUCGGUGUUCCAUCUGUGUGCAUCUCGAGGGCGGCUUGAGUGUCUGGAGGUCAUAAUCUCUCAUGGGGCAGACCUCAACAUCACUGAUGGUGCUGGCUUGAGCGCCCUUCACCUUGCAGCCAAAAAUGGCCAGUCAGAAUGUUUAAAGAGACUCUUACAGGAGAGAUUAACAGUAGAUUGCACAGACAGCAUUGGUAGGACACCACUUCAUCAUGCAGCGGUCAGUGGUUGUUUAUCCUGCACUGAGACCCUGUGGGACUUUAAAGCCAAUCUAGAUGUCCAGGAUGGAGACGGGGCCACCGCACUCAUCCUGGCAGCCCAGAUGAGCAGAGUGGAGCUGUGUGUCUUUCUUAUGGAUCGAGGUGCCAAUGCAAACAUACAGGACAACCAGGGAAGGUCCGCAUUGAUGUUGGCCUGUGAGAGUGAUAGUGUUGAAACAGUAGAGGCUUUGCUGAGAGGUGGUGUCAACACACAACUGGAUGACGCCCUUGGACACAAAGCCGCUGAUUACGCCAUAAACACAGGCAACCAACGGAUCAUACAGAUGUUGCAGGAUGGAGCACCCCCAGUCUCUGAGGGCACAGGAGGGGAGCCCCCCCAAGUCCCCUCAGGCGCCUCGUCAUUGCAAGGGGGGACUACCCCCCGCAAACGGAAAGCUCCUCCACCUCCACGUUCUCCUCUCCAGGGUUUGCCACCCUCUCCACAGCCCCGGAGUUCUGCUCCCCCUGCCCGCACCCCUGAGCCUCAGUCCCAGUCCCAGUCUCCCUCUCCCUCUCCUCAGCCUCCAGAUUCACAGCAAUCAGCCCAGGUUAGCGGCGCAGAAGAUGAGGAGGUUUUUGAGGAGAUUCGGCGGCUGCGUCUGGAGAGAGGCCGUCUGCUCCAGAGGAUUAAAACAUUUGAGCAGCAGCAACAAGCUGCUGUCUCUGCCAUGGAUGAGUUGUCCCAACUAAAGCAAUGUCUCGAGCGGUCAGAGGCAGAGAGGGACAGGCUGCUUGAGGAGCUGAAAGGACUCCAGGGUGUUGGGGCCAGUGACUCUGAGGACAUGGAUGAAAUGUUUGACUUCCCAGGUAUGUAAUCUAAACUGCUCUCCAAGCGCUCCAGAGCUUCCCCUGUUCAGGAUGAGGCCACUUCUCAAGGGAAUGUUGACUCAGCCAGCCCCUCUCCCUCCCCUGCAGACCCAGGAACUGUGGCAGAGCUGCACAAACAAAUAGAGGAACUUACCUCAAAGAACUCUGAACUUGUUCUCAGAGUGCAGAUGCUGGAGAUGUUUGAGAAGGAUGACACAGACAUGCAGAGCUCCAGCCCAGACUUUGUCCCCAUAGCUCAGUAUGAGACCAUUAGGAAAGAGUUGGAAGCCCUUCAAGAGCGCUUCUCUCAGGCCCAGGCUUCAGAUGAGGCCUCCAGUCUGGAAGGAGAUGUGGAUGCAGAGAGUAUGGAAGUGCUGAAGGAGAAGCUGCACGGGUUGGAGGAGCAGUUGGCCAACUCUCAGUCUGAGCUGGAGGAGAUGAAAGAGCAGAUGCGUCUUGGGGUGCUUUCUGUGGCGUGCGGUGAAGGGGAUACUGCCACGACAGGUGCUGGGACAGGAGGCGGGUCUGCAAAUGAGGGUCCGAGCCAGGAGACACAGCAACUCAGAACAAGGGUGAGGGAGCUAGAGGAGGAGCUUGCUAAGAGACAGGGCGAGGCAGGUGGUCAGAGCAGCCUGGACAGUGACACAAUCAAACAGCUGAAGGAGAAAGAAGAGGAACUCCAAGCUGCCCCGGCCCAGACAGACAGCAAAGGCGAAGAGACAGAAACGGUGAAGUUCCUCCGUGAUAAAGUGGCUGAGUUGGAAGCAGCGCUGGCAGAGAGCAGGACAGCAGGGAAAGAGGGAGGAGCAGCAGGAGAUGGAGGUCAGAUACGUCGCCUUCAGGAGCGUGUGAGGGAUCUUGAGGGGGACCUGAGGAAGUGUGUGCCCCGAUCAGAGUUGGAGGAGGUGCAGGUGACUCUUGGCCUGCAGUGCGAGCAGCUGGCCAGGGAGAGAGCGGAUGUGGCUAGAAGACUUAACGACUCUCUCAUAGAGCUAGAGAGGCUCAGGCCUCCUCCACACGGUGAGGAGGAGGAGGAGGAAGAAGAAGAGGAACACUCAGAGAGCUCAGAGCCCUCAGUCACAUCAGAGCACUCCAGGCGCACCCUGGCAGCAGUGAGAGAAGAAUUGGAGGUAGCGAGGCAGGAAGCAGCCCAGGCUCUGGACUGCCUGUGUGCAGAGCGGGAGGGCCGGGCACAGGAGGCCCUACAGCUGAAAGAUGUGGUGCCGCUGUCAAAACACAAGGAAGCGCUGUCUGCAGUGUCAGAACAGCUAGCUCAGACACUGCAGGAGCUGCAGGAAGAGAAGAGCCUCCGGGGCCAGGCUGAGGAGCAGGCUGCUAGAGCAGAGGCCAAACUAAUGGCCAUGCAGGACGCCAUACCCAAAGAGGAGCAUGAGAGAAUCAAGGCAGAGCUUCAGCGCUCCCUGCAGGCCAGUGAGAGCAGUGCAGCAGCAGCUCAGGAGGCUCUGAGUGAGAAGGAGAUGGAGCUGAGAGAGCUAAAGUCCCAAAAGGCUGCAGAACAGGGUCUUAUCUCCAAGGAGGACCACGAGGGCCUGCGUCUCUCUAUGCAGGCUGAGAUCAACGCCAUAACGGCCCGCUUCAAUGAUCUCACCCGCAAACAUGAGAAGACCUGCACUGAGGUGUUCCAGGUGCAGAGAGAGGCUCUCUUUAACAAGAGUGAGCGGCAAGUUGCAGAGUCCCAGCUGGCCACAGUGCAGCAGCAGCUAACACAGUUACAGUCUCAAUCCAGCCACAUCCAGGAGCUCCAUAAAGACAUCCAGGAAUCUCAAGGCCUGGUCAAGGAGAAGGACCGCAAGAUAACAGAGCUGUCCAAGGAAGUGUUCCGGCUAAAAGAGGCACUGGGAGCUCUGUCACCUCCUCUCGGCAUUACCUCCUCUUCUUCCUCAUCCACCCAUCACGGUAACCCUGGGCAGCAGAUGGCACUGCAGAACAGGAUCAGCAUACUCACCCAGCAGCUCCAGGAUUGGGAGAGAAAGCACAAACAGGUGGUGAAUGCAUAUCGUUCCCAUUUACUGGCAGCUGUGCAGGGUCGAAUGGAUGAAGAAGUCCAACAUUUGCUACUCCAGAUCCUGAGAAUGACACAGCAGGGAAACUGA